ACCGUGUCAUUUCCAUUUAAUCGAGAGUUGCAUAUAUAUGCGUGCGUUCGUACGAGAGAAGAUGAGCGCGCUCUCGCUGAAGGGAAAAGUAGGGCGUCGGGGGUGAGAUGUGUCGGAGGUGUCGGUGGAGCGGGGUGGUCGGGCGGCGGGAAUGAUUGUCCUGCUUUUCGCCGCGACCUCGCCGCUUCGAGCCUCCGGAAACAGAACGGAAACGGGAACGGAGCGCGAUUCUCCACGGCGCGGCGCGGCGCGGCGCGGCGCGGAGCGGAGCGGAGUAUCGCACGUAGAGGGUAAGUGAGAAGAGACACGGUGGCGAUGUCGACGGCUCGACGAUGGUGCGUGCGCGUUGACAUGUACAGCGAAAAGUCUACGAGGAAGGUGCGGCGGGAGCAAGAGGUGUGUGUUGGUGAUGUUGUGAUGGUGUUGGUGUUAGUGAAUGGUGAAUGGUGAUAACAGCGAAACGGCACCUUGAAACCACGUAGCUGAUGAGCCUUCUCGAGGAGCAAGGGAUGGAUCUCGAAUGAGUCAACGCUCGCGUGAGGGACCGGCGUGAAUCUCGAUACUUGACGAUCGUCCUCUCGUGUCCGUGGCAUCGAGAUCUGACAUCAUCGAUGAUAUGCCGGUUUCGAUCGCUUCACCGAAGCGAAUGGCUCACCACUCUUGUCGCCGAUAACAGUCGACUCUCACGGUCGAACCGCGCGAACAGCUAAUUUCGAACGAGAGGGAAUUAUUUAUGCCCCAUAUGAUUAGCACUUGGAAUUACAGACGCUAUAUGUGAGAUAUACUUGAGACAGUGUUAUCAUGCGUGAAACACCGCGUAUGGGGUUAGUAAAAUGAAAACGGAUCGUUGAGACUCCAUCGACGAAGGAGGAAACGUCUUCUACGGGAUUACACGACUCGUCGUCGUUGUCGUCGUCGUCGUCAUCGUGUCCCAUAUUUCCCCUCAUCUAUUUGCGAGGUAUCGAUGAACUUCUGACAUCCUAUUACUUCGUCUUUUCAUAAUCAAUCAUCGUUGUGAUACAAGGAUAAUCCCGUGUAACAUAAAACACGAAAAGGAUAACCAUGAGCUCGAUAGCGCUUCUACACGAUAAUCCGUGAUGUACUUUAGAAAGUGAUUUUUACACUGGGAAAUGCAGCGACUGCAAUGUAUCCAGGCGACUUGAAGCAAUUUCUUACUCCUUUUUGCUUAAAAACUUACCGGAUGCAUAGCUCUCCUUGGCAGAGUCAAGAAAAUCGCGGGAGCAAGCGCGUAGGCUCGCAUUUGCGCUACGCAGGCGAUGUGCUAUAAAUAGAAGAACCUUGCUAGCAACUGAGCAACGUGCGACCUGUACUGCUACCAGAUGCAUCAGCAUCAUCGUGAUCUGAGCACUCGAAAAUGGCGUCAGGACUGCCGAGCGUCCAUCAGAGGAAGCUUGGACCAGCGCCGAUAGCAUCCUUCGAAGACCUGUCCGACGAGGUGGAAAACGGAGAAUCAACAAUAGGGCGAAUGCCGGGCAUCGUCGAAGUCACUACACCUGCUACGCCUGGCAGUUCCCUUAAGACGCCUAGCACGCCGCGAAUUGACAUUAGCCGGGCGAGCAGCUCGUCGCACCAUGAGGAUAGUAAUUCCAGGGACUCGUCGCCCGAGCGUGAGCUCCUCGCAGGUGCGGAUCCUCCGUCCGGCUGCAAGCUCACUCUGGGUUACAAAGAAGACGCCCAAGAUCUCAGGUCCUCCACGGAAGAGUUGGACCUGCAGGAUCCCGUUCACGAGCAGGAUCUCAAGCGGGAAUCGAAAAAAUUGGCGCGUAAGCGCAAGGAUGAUGGAUCACAAUCGGAUUACAGCGGCAAGCAGCAGCAGCAGCAGGAUCGCGAACGCAAGGACAGCAACUGUUCGGAGAUAUGCCUGCUCAACAUCAGCGGCAGAACGUCCAGGUUGUCGUCGGUUGGCAGUCAAGGCUCCGGUGUAUCCGGGAAGCUCUCAGUCGUGUCGGCGACUUCCUCCAGAUCGCCGAGUCCGCACAAGUGUUUAUUGGAAACGUCGUUCUGCGGUAGCAAGCCGACGCUGGCCGAUAAUUUGAUAGAACCAUCAAAACCGGAGACCGAUGAUCUCGAGAAGAUACUUUUGAAACGAGAGGCUGACACCACGAAAGCACUGAUCCCCGAGAGCAUCAAGGUGUCAAUGGUGGGAGGCAACCUGAAGCCGGAUCCGCUGGACAAGCCCAGGAGACGUGGUCGCGAAGAGAGAAAAGAGAUCUUCAAGCGGGAGGUGGAGAUUACCAAAAGAUUUCUGGAGAAAGUCAACAUAGAGGUACCCAUUAUCAAGAGAUCUAGCGAGCAGGGACCGUCGACAUUGCAGCAAGACCCAACGAAGACUCAAGUACAAGAAGUACAAAAACCCGCGACACUCGAUUUCAACGACAAAAGGAAGAAAGCUCAAAACUUUAAGGAAAUUGUACAGACGACGCCUACGACGAGCAGCGUGACUGGAAGCCCCAAGUUACCGAGACAUCAAAAGGUACGGGACCUCGAAGGCUCGCGAACACCGAGUCCAUCGUCCGUAUCCAGAAAAAGCAGCUUCGCUUCGUUGUUCAAGGCGAGAACCGACGGCAGCGUAUUGAGCCCGGAAUCACCAUCUCCCAGCACGAAGCCACGGCGGAGUCUGACCUCAAAGUUGCGGGAUACCACGGAAAGUCUGAGAAGUCGUUCGAAAUCGCGCGAGAGGGUAUCCGCCGACAAGAGCUCGAAUCUGAAGAAGGAUUCCAAGAAUAAGGGUGUGUUCUCGUCCACUUUGAGCCUGUUCAAAAAACGCGAGAGAAAGAAGAGCUAUGACGAGGCGAUCGCGGCUUCGUGCGAUCUUGAUGCGCCUAGCGGCGAGCACCCGUCCUUGGAGAACAUCGGCCACGUGGAGUUUACAUUUAAUACCGAAAAGGAGCGUCGACACGAUGAUUCGAUAUUCAUUAGUUUGCACGCGGACGACAGAAACUAUGAGGAGGCCUUGCCAUCGGAGAGCGUGUCAAUACCGUUGGAAACGCCGACCAAAUUGCUGGACGAAUACGAGUCUGAGCCACACACGGGAAGUAUAAUCACGGAGGUAUCGAUCGAACAUCAUCCAGCACCAGUCGCCAAGAUCAGGACCGAGGCACAGAUCGAGAUCACGGCCAUAUCCAAGAGUUCUUUCAGAGACGGUCAGCUUCCGCAGAGCGUGUCCAAGGAUUCCCAGCUGUCCAGGAGUUCGUCGAGAGACUCCAAAAUCAGUGUUCAGACUAACAAGAUGGUUGAAACGCUACCGGCGAAAGCCGGUACAACAGUAGCGAAGCCAUCGACCCCGGCGAAAUCGUCGAGCCCAACGGCGAUUAAAUCUGCGGAAUUGCGGGUAUCGAGCGGCACAUCGAAAGAUUUCGCUGGCAAGAGACCGGACAUAGCGAAGCCAAAAAGAAAAAGCAGAGAGAGUCAGCAGCAGCAGCAGCAGCAGCAGCAGCAGCAGCAGCAGCAGCAGCAGCAGCAGCAGCAGCAGCAGCAGCAGCAGCAGCAGCAGCAGCAGCAGCAUCAGCAGCAGCAUCAGCAUCAGCAUCAGCAGCAACAGCAGCAGCUACAGCAGCCACAGCAUCUCGAAUCAUCCGAGAAAAUCCGAGAGGACGAUGAUGCGACGCAACAAAAGAAAGCGAUUUCGAGAGAAGCCCCAUUACUCGCAGAAAGCAAUAAGUCCGAUCAGCUCAACGACAAGAUAGGCAAGUCGCAACAGGACAGUCUCGUAAAGACCUCCAGUAUGAUAUCCGAUCUAGAUCACAACAGCUCGGAAUCAGAGAGAGAUUCGGAGAUUGAAUUUAUCCGAAACAAGGUUGAGAAGAUGGCAGAGGAGCUGCCCGAUGAGAGGAAGGGUCUCUUCUACGAGGAAAGUUUCGAGGAGGAUCUUCCGUAUGUGCCGACUACCUUGCCGUUGGAGAAGAGCGUUGCUGUACCAAUCCUGCCUGUUAAACAACGACUUCAGGAAGUAAGGACGAUACCGAUCGAGAGACCGCGCUCGACGACGCCGAUAAAUCCUACUCUGCUGGACGAGUUUGUGAUGCAGACGUCGCUGGACGAGCGGCGCGUGGAGAGAAUGAAAAUCUCUUUGCCGCGGGAGGACAGCUUCAAGCUCAAGAGCCCGCGGCGGCACGCGGCGAAUACGUUCACCGAGUUUGCGGGCAAGGUGCCGCCGGACGGAGGUCGUAAGACCACCCAAGGCAAAUCACCUAGUCCACCUCCACUGCCACCGAGAGCACACGCGGCACGACCGAGCAAUUGGAUCAACUUUGAGGAGAUACCGGAGAAGCGGAAGGCACCAAAGAGGAUACAGACGAUACCACGGCCGGAGGACGAGGUCGUAAAGGGCGCCGGCAACUAUAGUUACGUGCAACCGGAGGAGUGCAAGUGUGAGUGCCAUGAGGAGUCCAGACGAGCGUCCAUGAGGGAGAUGGUGGUGGUAGCCGCCACCGUAACCACAACUACUACAACCGCCACCGUCACUGCCACCAGCACCUCCGCCGCGGCCAGCACCAGGACCUCCUCGUGCAGUAGCAACGGUGAGCGGCCGUGCAACGGCGAGAACUGUACGGCGCCGACCGGCAGCUCCGUCGACCGCGCCAGUAUCGUCAGUGACAGUUCACUAGAAUGCAGCCUGAGCAUCGACGACGGUCAGAGCACGCAGGCGCUCCUCGGCAACUCGACGAAACCCUUCGCCAUGGAUCUCGACGUGCGGUCCAACAGGUCGAGCAUCAUAUCGCAGGAGGAGAACGACGAGAACCAGCACCAAUAAUGAUAACGGUGUAGAGCACUCCUAUGUCUUAGCUGUUAGAUAUUUUUUUGUUUCAUUCGGAAGAUAGCCGAGUUAACUGUUAGAUAUUUCUUUUUUGUCGGAAGAUGGCCGAGUUCCUCCCUCUGAUGCAAGAACCGACGCCGACGUGACGAUCGGUAGGUCGUAGCGCGCGUGCCAAGCGUAUGUCUAUCAAACAUUUAGCAAUCAAAGGCAUAAAUCGCGCUCACCUUCCAAAUUUCCGGGAGAUUCGAGCUUUACCCUUCUUCAUUUUGAAAUGCACGAUACUUCAGUCGUGCGGCAUACUGGUCAAACCGUUUUCUUUUUCUUUUUCUUUUUUAUUUUUUAUUCUUUAUUUUUUCUUUUUCUUUUUUCUUUUUUCUUUUUUCUUUUUGUUGGCACUAGGUGCUCGUUGCGCUCGUUGUCGCGGCUUUGCCAUCCGCGAUAUCGCGCAAUUUUUUUUCGUAUACAUGCGUCGAUGCUUCCUCACGACUGAGAGAAACCCGGAUGGUGGCUCGCUAAUGUCUCUGUUAUUCUUCCCCUUCAAACUAUUACUUUUUUGGCUUUUCCCGCCAAUAAAGAGUACGUAUGCGCGCGCGCGCCGUGUGUGUGUGUGUGUGUGUU